AUGGUUCGGGAGGAAGUACCAGUAUCCACUCGGACGCUACAGUGGAAGUGUGUUGAAUCAAGAGCAGACAGCAAACGCCUUUAUUAUGGUCGUUUCGUUUUAUCCCCACUUAUGAAGGGUCAAGCCGAUACAAUCGGUAUCGCGAUGCGAAGGGCUUUACUUGGAGAACUAGAAGGAACAUGUAUUACGCGCGCAAAAUCUGAUAAGGUACCACAUGAAUAUUCUACGAUAGUAGGUAUUGAAGAAUCAGUCCAUGAAAUUUUAAUGAAUUUGAAAAAAAUUGUAUUUAGAAGUGAUCUGUACGGAACUCUCGACGCAUCUAUCUAUGUCAGGGGCCCUAGACACGUAACUGCUCAAGAUAUCAUCUCACCACCUUCUGUAGAAAUAGUUGAUACUACACAGCAUAUAGCUGUCCUAACGGAACCGGUUGAUUUGUGCAUUGAAUUAAAAAUUGAGAGGGGUCGUGGAUAUUGUACGAGAACCCCAAAUAACUAUCAAGACGGAAGCUAUCCUAUAGAUGCUGUAUCCAUGCCUGUUCGAAAUGCGAAUCAUAGUAUUCAUUCUUAUGGGAAUGGGAAUGAGAAACAAGAGAUACUUUUUCUUGAAAUAUGGACGAAUGGAAGUUUAACUCCUAAGGAAGCGCUUUAUGAAGCUUCUCGUAAUUUGAUCGAUUUAUUUAUUCCUUUUUUACAUGCGGAGGAACAGGACAUAAAUAGAAAUAUGGAGGACAAUCAAAAAAGGGCUAGUGUGCCCUUUUUUACCUUUGAUGAUGGAUUGGAUAAUAUGAAAAGAGAAAUCAUAUUGAAACGUAUUUUUAUUGAUCAAUUAGAAUUGCCUCCUAGGACUUAUAACUGUCUCAAAAGGUCUAAUAUACAUACAUUGCUGGACCUUUUGAGUAAAAGUCAAGAAGAUCUUAUGAGAAUUGAGCAUUUUCGCGUAGAAGACGUAAAACAAAUAUUCGACAUUCUACAGAAGGGUUUCACAAUCGACUUGCUUAAAAAUUCAACUCAGUUUGAAUCCCGUUGA